AAUAAAAAUACGAUUUUGAAAUAGACACAUAUGCCUUUUGUAAUUUUACAUCACGAAGCAUCCCACAUCUACUCCCUAUAUAAAUUCACGCAUACCACAUCUAUUCCCACAUCGAAAAACAAAAAAAACAAAAUUUCUCACAUAAUUAAAUCCGACCAUACAUAUACAUAUAUAUUCUAUCCGAUCGACAAUGUCCGGCGUUUGGGUGUUCAAGAACGGCGUGGUCCGGCUGGAGAACGGCGGCGAGGGCCCCCGGCGGAAAGUGAUGGUCCACGUGGCAUCCGGCGAGGCCAUUACCUCGUACGAGGUUCUGGAGAGGAUCUUGUUUUCACUAGGUUGGGAGAGGUACUACGAUGAUCCUGAGCUGCUGCAGUUCCACAAGAGAUCUACGGUGCACCUCAUCUCUCUCCCAACAGACUUCAACAAGUUCAAAUCCAUUCACAUGUACGACAUCGUUGUCAAGAAUCGAAACGAGUUCGAAGUUAGAGACAUGUAGCCUUGUCUCAAUUUAUAACUAAUUAAUCAAUUUCUUUUAUGUCCAUCGCUUUUAAUUUAGUGUAUAGUUUGUAAAGAUGGGUUGUUGCUUGAUUCUUCUUUGUUGUGAAUUAGUUGUGUGAGAUUUAUGUAUGGUACGCAAUUGGAAAAAAAGGGAGCUCAACCAUUAUGUACGUGAGCAUCGUUGAUUAAUUAUUAAUGUCUGAACUAAAAAUUUCAGGUUGAAA